AUGUUUCACAGACUGAAACACAGUGAAGCUUCCAAUUGUGAAAUACCAGCACAAAUAUGUUGCGACGAGCACCAUCGGCAAUUAUUAAAAUUUGCUGAUUUAUCACAAUUGUUACCAAAUAUUGAUAUGACAAAUCUAGCGUUCUAUUUUGCUCGGCAAUGUCAAAAUAAUAAAAAAGCAGCUCGGACUGCUCGACGUUUGACAGCUAUUUCACAACGCUCAUCGUCGUCCGAUGAGAAAAAUAAUUCACCAUUUCAUAUCGUUGAUCGUUUACUUGCAGCACCGACAGGAAUCUAUGGUGCUGAGUGCAAUUCUCGAGCAUUUCCUGAAAUAUCUUCAAAAAAAGAGUUAAUUUCAUCUUUUGAACGCUAUAUAAAAGCACUCACGCUCGAGGAUUAUAAUGUCAUUCCUUAUGCAUUUGAUGUACAAUUAAAAUAUCGCCCAUUAUCAUUUCUUUCUAAACAACAAAUUAACAAUCGUCUUAUGUCUAUGACACGUAUUUGUUUAAAAGAAACCAGAAUAAAUCGUGUACACAAAGAUUCAAUGAUUUUUUUACAUUCUAUUGUUGAUCCAUUCAUAACGCCAAGAUCUAUUCAAACUAUAGUUGAAGAUGAAAACGGAAAUCAUGUACGAAUGGCAAUAUAUAAUUGGUAUACAAUAUUAGCUGAUCAAUCUAUGGAACAUAUACGAAAUCGAAUAAAACGUGGGAGACAUUUUAUUGUUGGAAAUCCAUUUAUUAAAAUAGCUGCCGAUGAUUUAUUGAUGUUGCGUGUAGAUAAUCCAAGAUUGGAAAUAUGGUUUACUGAUUAUGAGAAAGAGAUUGAACAAAUGGACGCGAGUAAAUUGCGUGAUCUAGGUAACAAAUGUUUUCAUAACAAUGAUAUCAAUGGUGCUAUAGAAUAUUAUUCUCUUGGUUUAGCUAAAAGCCCGAAUGAUACUCGUAUAUUAAGUAAUCGUGCUGAAUGUUAUUUACAAAGUCAAUUGCCUCAUCUAGCUCUAGCCGAUUGUGAACACAUAUUAGACAUCAGUAAUAAUAGUACGAUCGAAGAUAGAAUGGAUAUAACAUUCACAUGGAAAAUACAUUAUCGAAAACUACGUGCAUUAAUUGGUUUGCAACAAUAUGAGCAAGCGAAAUUGUCUAUUCAUUCAUUAGUUGAAUGUACACAAGAUGUAGCAUGUCAAUAUAAUGAAAUUAUUGAUCGAUUUCGGCGCAUACUUAACUCCGAUAUACCACGUUUAGAAAAUGAAUCGCAAGGAAAUUAUGAUGUGUUUGAUUUAAUGUCAGGACGCACAAAAAGAUCCGAUGAAUUUUGCGCGGAAUUUGAAAGGCAAAAUGUUUAUGAAUUUCGACAAUGUGAAAAAUUAGAAAAAGGCUAUGGUAUGUUUGCUUUAUGUCCUUUAAAACCCGGCACAUUACUGAUGGUCGAACAACCGUUCGCAUACGUGCACUCGGAAUCCAAUGAAACGCUUAUUGAUGGUUCAUCACAUUACAUUACUUUUUCUUUAACUCAAAAACCUGAACAUCGAUGUACAGAAGACGAAGAAAUAAGUACUGGUAAAUAUCUUCGACAACCGGUUCUCGAACUGUUAAGACAUUUAGAAACACGUAUACUCAUUGAUCAUAAAAAAUUUGUUGAGAGAAUGUCUCAUUUAUUACCACUACGUCAACAACCUUUAAGAAAAAAAUCUGACGAUGAAGAUUAUCAACUUCUUCCAUAUAAAUUAUUAGUAGAACUUUUCGAACGAAAUGUUAUCGGCAGUGGUUUAUGGCCAAAACUAGCUCGAUUUAAUCAUUCAUGUUUACCGAACUGUCACUUUAUUAUUAUCAAUCAUCUAUGUUUUCUCAGUGUUCUAAAGCCAAUUGAAACCGGUGAAGAAUUGACCAUAUGUUAUUUACCAUCUGUUUAUACUUCCUAUAUCGAUCGAACACUUCGUUUACGUGAAUAUCGUAUUCAGGAAUGUGAAUGUAAAUUAUGUGAUUAUGAUAAAAAUAUUGGUCAAGCUGAAAUGCAACAAUUAAAUCGACUGUUCGACGAAAAUGAAGAGCAUGAAGAAAAACGUCGUUAUUUAUUUAAACAUUUACUAUAUCAAUAUAGUUCAGACCGACCAUUAGGUUUCAUUGAACAAAUGAGUCAAUUGAAACGAAGUGUAAAAAUCGAUAUAUUUCUAAAACAAGUGAGACAUGGUUAUCUUGCUUAUCCAUACAUACUAAAUUAUAUUUUAUCACAUAUACAUAAAUACGAUAAACUCGAAAGUGUGAUCAAUGAAUUACAAAAAGAAUUUGCUUAUAUCAAUUGGACUAGUGAUAGUGACGAUAAAAUAAAACGCUUUACAACCAUUCUUCAAUUAUUUAUCAACUGUAUUCAAGAUUAA